CCUGAGAAGUCAGUAAAAUCUUUGAUCUCUACUCGAGAGUAUCUAGUUUCAAUUCAUUUACCAAGUUUUGCAGGAAACUUCAGUCGAGAUGAAAUCCGCAGUAAUAUUGGUACUGGUAGCUACUUUUGCUUUUGCCAGCUGCAAGUCCUUAAUAGUUCAGGAUGAAGAUGGCCAAGUUUAUUCUUUAACUCCGAUUUCAAGCCGACAGAAAAGAGAAGAACCCAAAUGGUAUGGUGGUGGAGGUGCCAACAGCAAACAAGGAGGAGGAGUUAUCGGAGUUGUGAAUCCUAAUGGAUCUGGCGCACAAGUAAAAUACGGACAUGCCAACGGCUAUGGACACGAUUUUAGUGUAGACGCCAAAGUACCAGUAUGGUCAAACGGUCCAUCUACACUAAAUGUUGGAGGAGGAUUUGACCGCCAUGUCGGAGGCUGGGGAGGCAGUCACACCGGUGACAAACGUGUUGGAAUUAGUUUCAAUCACAGAUUCUAGAUUUAUUGUCAAACAAGACUGAUUUUAUUAUAUGUGAUAUUUUUUUUAAUUAUAAGGUAAAUGAAAACAACUUUUGUUGCACGUCAUCAAUGACACCAUGCGUCGUCUUAUGGAGUUUGCUGGUGGUCGUAUUAUGAUAUGCAACCAAAGUUAUUUUAAUUUCCCUUAUAUUUAUUUUUCCGGGUAAAAUUUAAAAAAAAAUGUGAUUUAUUUUUAUUGUCAAAGUAAUUAAGUAUUGCAUAAAUAAAUAUUUGAUAUUAAAUUAAUAUA